AUGCAACAAGCCAAUGCGAGAUUUGAAUAUCUUGUUGCCGGUAGGGGUGAGCAAAAGAAGAAGGACCUUCCGAUGUAUGAAGGAAAGUAUGGUGAAGACAUUGAAUUAUGGAACUUCGCCACUGAGCAGUAUUAUGCAAGCAGACGUGAGUUAAUGGAGGCCGAUUCGUCCGGUUUCGUAACAAUUAUCUCCAGCAACUUAGGCAAGUCAGUGUUGAACUGGUAUCGCGCUUUUAUAGCCGAAUGUGAGAGAGCGAAUAAGAAUCCCACGUGGUCGUUGUUUAAGCAACAACUGCGCACGCGCUUUCGACCAAAGGACUUCGAGUACGACCUUCGCGAGAGGAUGUUUCGUCUCAAACAAAACGAGACUAUCCACGAGUAUGUCUCCAAGUUUCAAGACUUACUGUCGCAAACAGAAUUGGCGAUCAGUGAGUUGGAGAAACAAACGGCGAAGAAGAUCAAAGAAGAAAGUCCUUCAACGCUACAAGAAGCCAUUGAAAUUGCGUCGAACUUCGAGUUUGCGCACUACUCCGGAAUACCUCCUCGGGCACCUUCGAAACCAUCGAAAGGAUCAGCAGACUCGGGGCAUCGUCCGCCUAAAUCGAAACAGCAGAACAACAAGCGUUACGAAAAAAGGAAGGGCACGAACGAUGAUUGGAAAAAGAAAGCUACGUGUAGAAAUUGUGGCAAGGUUGGUCACAUUUCUCCAGAUUGUAAUCAACCAAAACGUACGGAAGCAAACCGGUACAUGCAGGGCGCAGUGAAUGCGAUCCUUGAGACUGAAGCUCGAGCAUUUAAGAAGGAAGACCAAGAGAGGCCCGUCACGAUAUUCAUUGACAACGGCAGAAGCCUGAAUGGCGUAACUGAGGAGUUAGUGGAAAAGCUUGAGUUGGAUGUCAUUGAUUCAGGUUGA